GUAAAUUUGUAUGAAAGCAGCGCUCCUAGUGGUAUUUUAGGAUACAAAUAACUAAUUCAAAGGUUGAAUAAUUCAACCAUACUUAACCGGCUACCAUUGUUGAUUGUUGUCGGUUGAUAAAACCAAGCUUAUGAAAGUAAAUGAAUUAUAAAAUCAGAGAGACGUCGUGUUUAACUAUGUAACAUCGUGUCUAUAAUAUUUUAGUUAACUUAAGCUGCACUGUUUUUUGAAGAUCAGUAUCAUACUAGUUUUAUUGAGAAAAAUUCUGAAUUAAAGUUCAGUAAAUAUUUAUAAUGGCUCUUCCACCAACAUACAAACAAAUAGCAAUGAAUCAACAAUCAUCAGCUCGUGCUCCAGUCACAUUCAACAUUUUAAAAGCUUCUAAAUCAGGAUCCUUUCAAAAUGAACGAUUAAGACCAGGUGGGAAUUCUGCUCAACUUUCCAAUUCUAAAGAUCAAAAUCAGAGUCCUUUUAUUACCAACAGCCAUGGAAACCCUGCAUUCCAUCCUCAAAAAAUUACAAAGGCUGCAGCUGAUGCUCGUGGUAUCAAACCUCCGAAACCUCCAGAAAAACCACUCAUGCCUUACAUGCGUUAUAGUAGAAAAGUAUGGGAUCAAGUGAAAGCCAGUAAUCCUGAUUUAAAAUUAUGGGAAAUCGGUAAAAUUAUUGGACAGAUGUGGCGUGAUCUACCAGAUGAAAACAAGCAAGAGUAUAUUGAUGAUUAUGAAUCUGAAAAAAUUACAUAUGAAAAAGCAAUGAAAUUAUAUCAUAAUUCCCCAGCAUAUUUAGCAUAUUUACAAGCAAAAAAUAAAGGCAAAUUAAGUCAAGUUGAGGAUAGAGAACCUCAUGAAAGAUCUUCCACUAGCAGUAAACAAGCUGCUGCAGAUCGUAGGAUUGAAAUUCAACCAGCUGAAGAUGAAGAUGAUCAAGAUGAUGGAUUUAGUGUAAAGCAUGUGGCUUACUCAAGAUAUCUUCGAAACCAUAGACUCAUCAAUGAGAUUUUUUCUGACAGUGUUGUUCCUGAUGUACGUUCCGUUGUUACAACUGCAAGAAUGCAAGUACUUAAAAGACAAGUACAAAGUUUAACCAUGCAUCAGAAAAAGUUAGAGGCUGAAUUGCAGCAAAUUGAAGAAAAAUUUGAAACAAAAAAAAGAAAAUUUAUUGAAUGCAGUGAUGUCUUUCAACAAGAAUUAAAAAAACACUGUGUUCAAGCAGUUUCUGAAGAAGUUUUCCAGAAAAUGGUAGAACGUCAAAUAGAAAUAUUACAGAAAGAACGGAUCAAAAGUCAAUGUCCUCAACCUCCAACAAAUGAAGAGUUCCCCAAAGUACAUUGUGAACAGCAAUUGGAACAAAAUGGAGCUGUAGCUCCUAUUGAAGGUGAACAACCUAUUACAAUUGUUCCUUCUAAUACUACAGAUGAUAACUCAAAUUCUGAAACAGAGCCAAUUCUAACAAAGAAUGAAAAUUUCAAGGAUAAUUUAUCAGUUGCUAAAGAAAAUGGAGAAAUAUCAACUUCAUUACAACAAAAACCUUUACAACAAUUGGAAACUCCACAACAAGAUUCUACUGUUCAAUCCAAACCUUCAAAUUUGCAACAGACAUCUAUUCAAUCCUCCACAUUUCCACCCACACAAUUAUUGUCUCAAAUGCAUCCAGAACAUCAUUCAAUUCAGCAAAUACAGACUAUUCAGCAAUCUUUUCAACAACAGAUCCCUGCUCAGCCAUCACUACAGCAGCUUUCAAUUAAUCAAGUGUCACAAGUUCAACAACCUUCACAGCUACCUGAUCACCUAUCUCAACAACAGAGUUCUUUGCAGCAGCAAACACACCAAUCAAUUCAAUCUUCAACUCAACAAAUAGUUCAACAACCACCAACGCCACAAUUAGUUCAGUCGCCACAAUUAGUUCAGUCACCACAAUCUCAACAACCACUACCACUACAACAACAACAAACUGUUCAGCAACAACCACUACCACUACAACAACAAACUGUUCAGCAACAACCACCACCACCAUCACAAUCAGUCCAGCAACAACAAUCACCAUUACAAUCAAUUCAGCAACAACCUCCAUCACAAUCAAUACAGCAACAACAACCAACACUACAAUCAAUUCAGCAACAACCAACACCAUCACAACAGACAGUUCAACAACAAAUUUCCGAUCCACAACCACUGCAAGAACAACCACAAAUGCAACAUUCUCAACAACAAGUACCCAUUCAGUCACAAAUGCCAAAUCUGCAGCUACCUUCACAACAAAAUGGUACUCAAAAUCCAGCUAUUCAACAACUUUCACAAAGAAUUCUACCUGAUCAUCAACCAUCUCUUCCACAACAAAUAAAUAUACCGCCAGCUCCACAAUUGCAACAACCUCCUGUUCAACAUACAUCAACAUUAUCUCCAACCCAAACACAAUUACAACCAACACAACAGUUGCACCCUCAGCCUCAAUUACUUUGUCAGUCACAGUCUCCACCAUCAUCUCAACCACAAUAUUCUACACCCACAGAAACACAAACACCUUCAGUAGUGCAUCCUCCAAUCAUACCACCUGCUCAAUCUGUCGAAACACAUGUUGCUUCAGAUUCCACUUCAAAUAUUGUAUCUUCUACAACACAAUCACCGCCAAAAAAUCCAGAAACACCAACUUUCCCUACACCUAAUACACAUGUUGCUAAUCAUAUAUACCCUACUCCUAUACCUCAGUCAUUUUCUCAGUUACCUCCAUUUCAAACUCCACCAAAUGUUCCAGUUUCUUUACCCAAUAUGUAUCCUCCAAAUCAAACUCCUAAUAACGGAGCUACGCCCAAUUAUUCACAUCCUAAUAUUAUACAACCUCAGCAGCCUCAAUCUACUCCAUCAUCUGCUAAUCAUCAGUCUAAUAAUUUCUCUCCGUAUCCACAACAGCAACCUUACCCACCACAAGUUUUGCAAACACGACCACCAUAUGGUUAUCCUCCUCAACCAUAUCCUCAGUAUUCACCACAUCCAUAUUAUCAAACACCUUAUCAACAAUAUCCACCACCGCCACCACGAAUGGCUUUUCCACAGCAAAUAGGUUCUGCUAGUCAUUCAGAUCCAAAUCAACCAUCUGAAACUAAUGCAUACAAUCAACACCAAUCUGUGACUGGUUCACUAGAAAGAAAUGAUGAAAACAAGCAAACAAUUGGUGAAGAAAAACCUGUAGAAGCUGUAAUAUCAGCUUCUGAGAAACUUGGUGCAGAAGAAAACUCCGUUGUUGCACCAACUCAACAACAAUCUACCAAAAAUGAUGAAAUCUCAUAACUAAGGAAGUAGCAGUUUAAAAAAAAAAUGUAUAUAUUUUAAUCCACUAGAAGUUAAAAGUAUAUAGAUUUAAGUAUAAACUUUUUUGACAGUAAAAUAUUAUUAACAAAUAUUAAAAAAUAAUAUUAUGUAAGAUAAAUGUAUUGAUUUAUUUUUAAGUCGGUAUGAAUGAUUUAUUAUUACUUAGUAUAUAAUGAAUAAAAAUAAUGGAUAAAUUUAGUAUUUUUUUUAUAUACCAAUGUGCAUUCAUUACAUAUAAAGUGAUUAUAUUAUUUAGUAUUGAAAAUAUAUUCCUCUACUAAGCAAGAA